AUGACGGUUUUCAUCGCGUCGCUAUUCCUCCCUUAUACGAUCGACUUCAAGUCAACGGGCUUGAAAAGUGUAAAGCCCUCGCUUCGUCGCAAGUCCUCGCCUAGCUAUGCAGCUGUCGAUGGGUCGGGCUCCGUGCCUAUCAUUGGUCGCCUUGCGGAUACUCAUAAGCCCCGACAAAGAUCCACAAGUCUGGAACUUACCCCAGGAGCUACUACAGAGGACGAGAAGGUUUUCAAAGCAUACGUAUCGCAUUCGGCAGGAGAGAUUCAAUUCGCCGAUGAUCCCAAUGGCCCUGGUCCCAACGAGCCUAGAGCCGUCCCAUGGGGUCAGAGUCGCAAGUUCAAUCAACCCCGCUCCAAGGCGAUAAUUCAUCCCGAGCCGUCCAUUCUAAGCCGCCCAGCUUCUCGACAGGAGUCAAAGGAAUCCCCUUUCCUCAAUGGUGGAGGUGUUCUGCCCCCAGCUCCCCCGGAAAUAGGCAGCCCUCGGGCUCUGCUUUCUGCCGAGGACUGGGUCGUCAAGGCAGCAGAGCAAGGAAACGGAGGUCUCCACAACGCAAUAAAUGCCGCAGCAGAUGCAGACCUCCUUGAAAACAAGAUGUGGGUGGGAACACCAGGCAUGCCCACCGACUCGCUGACAGACAUGACGCGGCAUCUCAUCGAUGAGACUCUAAGAACCGACUACGAGUCUCUGACCGUAUUCGUAGGCGACAGCGAAUUCGAAGGCCACUAUACGCACUUUUGUCGCUCUGUCCUCUGGCCGGCUCUUCACUAUCAGAUGCAGGAGAGUCCACGUCAUACUGAGUAUGACGACUACUCCUGGAGACAGUACCUGAAAGUGAACGAGGCCUUUGCCAACACCAUCGCGAACCACUGGCGACCGGGAGAUACCAUCUGGGUGCACGACUAUCACCUGCUCGUACUUCCAGCACUUCUAAGAAAGAAAUUACCUCGAGCGAGAAUCGGGUUCUUCCUGCAUUCGGCGUUCCCCUCGUCGGAGGUCUUUCGCUGUUUGAAUUCACGCGAUGCGUUGCUCGAUGGCCUCCUUGGCGCCGACUUGAUUGGCUUCCAAACAGAAGAGUAUUGCUAUCAUUUUAUUCAUACUUGCAGUAGACUCCGACAGCUGCAGGUAUUGGCAGAUGGUGUACAAGUCAACCAUCGGUUUGUGCGAGUCAAGAACUAUCCUCUGGGGAUUGACUACAAGUCGCUCAACGCCCUGCGUCAAUCCGUUGAGGUAAAAGACUGGAUAUCGAACAUAGACGAAAAAUACAGAGGGAAGCACUUGAUCGUCGCUCGCGAUCGACUUGAUGCCCCUGGGGGUAUCAAGCAGAAACUCCUGGCCUAUGAGCUCUUUCUACAGAGCUACCCCAAGUGGAGAGAGAAUGUGGUUCUUGUUCAAGUGGCAUCAUCUGCAUCGGAGAUUCCAGAGCUAGAAGCUCAGGUAUCAAAAGUGGCCAUGAGAAUUAACUCAGUCCACUCCACUCUCACCCAUUCCCCCCUCGUCCUCUUGAAACAAGACAUCAGUUACUCUCAAUUCCUCGCAUUGCUCAGCGUGGCAGAGGUAUACAUGGUAACAAACCUUCGUGAAGGAAUGAACCUCACGAGUCACGACUUCGUCCACUGUCAAGAUGGCCAACUUGCUUCUCAGAAGCACGGCUCCCUUAUAUUGAGCGAAUUUACGGGUAGUGCAUCCAUCUUCCACGGGCACGAGCUACUUGUUAAUCCAUGGGAUUACAAACAAUGUGCCGAUGCGAUAAACCAUGCUCUGGAAAUGUCACCGGAGCAAAGACAGAAAAACUGGGAGUUCCUCCUAGAUCGCAAAGCCCCUCACACAGCACUUGCCUGGUUCUCCUCUAUUCAAAGCGCACUCACCGAAGCCCACAGUAUGCAACAAUCUCGCGAGACUCACGCCGUCACCCCCCUCCACCUCGGCAGCCUCAAGGAAUCCUACCAAGCUGCCCAGAAACGUAUCUUCUUUCUCGAAGACGGCGCAACCUUCAUUCCCGACGAAGCUCACCCCUCCAAAGAAGCAACUGACCUCAUUCAAGCCCUAGUCCUUGACCCCAAGAACACAGUCUAUCUAACCAGCAAGAACAGCCCCGAUCAACUCGACGAAACAGCCCGUGUCCUCUCACCACGCAUCGGGCUAAUCGCUGAAAAUGGCUGCUUCGCCAAGCCCAGCCCCAAACUCACAUGCCAUUUCUCCCCAGAAGAAACAGAACAGGAGCCCUGGGAGGCCCUUGUCGAUGUAACCGGCACAAGCGACUGGCGCGCCGGCAUCCGCAAGGUAAUCGAGUACUUCCAAGAACGCACAGAAGGCAGCACAAUCGAAGAGCGCCGCUGUUCACUAACAUUCGACUACACCAACGCCCUCGACCGCGACAUUGCUGCCCAUCAAGCCUCCGAAUUAGCGGAUCAGAUCAAUGGUGCACGCGGUAGCGAAGCUAUCCGCGUUGUACGGGAUACGAGUGCCGUGAGCGUCGAACCUCUGCAUGCCUCCAAGGCUUCCGCUGCCUCAAUGCUACUGGACCGCUUGCCAGCUGAUGAAUCUCCGGACUUUAUCUUUGUGGCAGGUGGAGCGAGGGGCGACGAGAGUUUGUUCCGGUGGGCAAAUCAAGCGACUCAUGUCAAGACAGUCAAUGGCCAUAGCAAUGGCAAUGGCAAUGGAAAUGGAAAUGCAAAUGGAAACGAAUACAAGGCUAGAACAGUUACGACUGUCACGGCCGGCACGCAUGCGACUGAAGCGAGUGCAAUACUGCCCACAGGAUUAUCUUUGUUGGAUGUAUUGCGGCUGCUGGUGUUUCCGCAUCUUGUUGACGUGGCCUCGAGAUGCAAAGACCGUGGAGUGUAG